UCCAGUCUGCAACUAUAUCAGCAGCCAGCCUCCCACUGUCAAACUCCACAGAGCGGAAUAGUCCACAGCUGCCUAACUGUCCUCUCUCCUCGUGUUGUCUCUUGACCAGCAGAUAGUCAGCCAUCAUGUAUUACCAGCAGAGCUUCACCGGCCCAUCAAUGGUCACCAGACAGACCCGCAGCUACACAUCAAGCGCUGCCCCCCACAAGGCCCACAGCGUGUCAGGGCUCAGCUUCAGGAGCGGCCCUCGCAUCUCCUCCUCCAGCGCCAGGAUUGUCUCCUCUGGGUAUGGCGGUGGUAUGGGAGGGGGCUUUGAUCUGUCUAAUGCCCUGGACCAGAGCACCAUUCACCUGAAUGAGAAGGCCACUAUGCAAAACCUCAACGACCGUCUGGCCAACUACUUGGACAAGGUGCGCUCUCUGGAGGCAGCCAAUGCCAAGCUGGAGCAGCAGAUCAGAGAGUACUACGAGAAGAAGGGCCCAGCAGCAGAGAGAGACUACAGCAACUACUGGGCUAUCAUCAACGACCUGAAAGACAAGAUCAACGGUGCCACCAUUCAAAAUGCCAACAUCCUGCUCCAGAUUGAUAACUCUAAACUGGCAGCAGAUGACUUCAAAACCAAAUUUGAACAUGAGUUGAUGAUUCGCCAGUCUGUCGAAGCUGACAUUGCCAACCUCCGCCGCCUGCUGGACCAGACCACCCUGACCAAGGCUGACCUGGAGAUGCAGAUUGAAGGCUUGCAGGAUGAGCUGGCCUACCUGAAGAAGAACCAUGCAGAGGAACUGGCUGCAAUGCGCUCUCAGCUCACUGGCACAGUCAACGUGGAGGUGGAUGCUGCACCUCAGCAAGAUCUGAACAAAGUGCUAGAGGAGAUCCGUGCCCAGUAUGAAGCCAUCACUGACAAACAUCGUCGGGACCAGGAGGCAUGGUUUAAUGAGAAGUCAGUGGCACUGACCAAAGAGGUGGCCAUGAGCACAGAAACCAUCCAGACAUCUAAGACAGAGAUCAACGACCUCAGACGCACACUCCAAGGUCUGGAGAUCGAGCUGCAGUCCCAGCUCAGCAUGAAAGGGGCGCUGGAAAAUACGUUAGCAGAGACAGAGGCCCGCUACAGCUCCAUGCUAGCUGGUCACCAGAACACCAUCAACAUGCUGGAAGCAGAGCUCUCCAACAUGCGAUCAAGCAUUGAGCAGCAGGCCCAGGAAUACAAGAUGCUGCUGGACAUCAAGAGCAGGCUGGAGCAGGAGAUCGCCACCUACAGGAGCCUGCUGGAUACAGAGGAGUCCAGGUAAACCCAGAAUUACAGAUCCACAAAUACAGGUAAGAGACAUAGAUUUGCAUAAAAACAUUGCAAACAUUUUCAUGGUAGCCUUGAUAAAUGGAAUGAUUGUUGUCUCUUUCUUUGUAACAGGAGGCUAAUGACCACAAUCACCACCAUAACUGUGCGCUCUUUAAGCUAGAAAAACAGCCUGGCAGGACAAGCCUGUAUCAGACCCACACUCACAUAGACUAUCGGUUUUUUAAAUGCUGUUACAUGAGAGGAGAGAAACUAUAAUGAAAAAUCUUGAAAACAAAAAUAAUUAAGAUGGGUUGAUGUAAUCUGUGUGUGUGUUUGUUUGAAACUGGUUUGACAAAUAAAAUCUGCUGGUUGAGAUAAGA